CACGGUCAACUGAACACGCUGACCAAAUACACGGUUGCCAAUCAAUGUCCUUCGCGUGCUUCAACGUUUGCGUGUCGUAGGACGGCGAUAAAUCAUAUCACAGCAGCGUACCGUCAUGGCAGAUGUAUGGCACAGAAGUCCACGUUCAACUUUCCUGUUGUCAUCCCGCAGCAGUUUGUUUGCCCAGAGGAGAGUGUGCACUCGAGUCUGGCACACUCGAAUAUUUACAGCAACACAUAUCCUCGGCACGCCUUCCUCAGCCGACUUCGAAUGUCGUGGUUGCAGGCGCUGCCCGCAGCAGAGGAGGACCACGCACCCGUCCAGAAGCAACGUCGCAGGGGACAGCGAGGCUCUUCGGCACAGGUGGCAAACGGCGGCGGCGGGAGCCAGGGCCCGAUGAAGAAAGACCCGAAUAUCGUGGAUCUCAGCGACCUCGACAACGAGACGUGCGAUGUCAAGCAGAUGCAAAAGUUCUUCCCAGUCAUGAUGCGUCUCAUCCUCAACCUGGCCAUGAGCCAGAGGCAGCUCGAGUCCAUCGAGCUGAAGACCUUCCUGAUGUCCUCAGGCGCUCAAGUGGCAGUGAAGGCGCGGGCUCGCGUCAGAGCGUGGAUCAAGGCGGCGGAGGAGGCAAGAACGACGCUUGCCAAGGAAGACGCAGAGAAGAAGAUCAAGGAGAUGGGCACGAUCUCGGUGGCGUGCUAUGCGGGGGUGUUCGAGGGCCUGGCAGCCGAGGGCAACGCAGUGGGCCGCACCAACCAGCAGCAGUUGGACGAGCUGAGCAAGCAGCCGAACCAGCUCACGCAUGUGGAGAUGGGCGAGGCCGUGCCGCUCGCAAAGAUCACCGACGCGCACGAGGAUGGGAAGGUCAAGCUGGUGCUGAGCUUCACGUCGAGGCUCAACUUCGCGCCCGUGCUCGCGUCCCUGGUGCAGGCGGUAGCGGAGUACAAGCAAGGAACCGCACCCAUGGGGCACCUCGAGAGAUUGCUGCACACGGGGCUGCAGGAAUUCGAGAGCAUGAUGCAGGAGUAG